AUGAGCAAGAAGUUGGAGUGGGUUCAGAGAAGCAUCUGUUACCAACCCUAUCCAACAAUAAGACAUUUCGAACAGUGGCUGACUGGCACAGCAAGAUUUAUAUGUUUGGUUACCCCAGUUUGCCCACAGCCUCAGCCUAAAUCCGGACAGAAGCCAAAUCAAAGAAACGUUCUCUAUGCCGCAGAACAAAAGGUGCCAACAGUCAAACCAAAUCAAACUUGCCGCCUAUGUAAGAAAGCAAAACAUUUACUCUCAGAGUGUCUUUCCUACAACCAACAAGACGCUACAACCAAAUGGAAUUAUGUGAAGAAGCAAAGGCUGUGUUUUUGUUGCCUCAAAUUUGGUCACUCCGUGCGUUUCUGUAAAUCGAAAAGGGCUUGUGGAAAGCAUGAAUGUGAAAAGAAUCAUCAUCCAUCGUUGCAUGAAGACAGAGAAGCAUCAGGAAUCUUGACAUUUCAAGCCAACGCCGCCGCCGCCGUACCAGUAGUUGAGAAAAACAUUUUGAGUUGCAGCAAGGGAAAAGACAACAAAAUUCUAUUUCGAGUACUACCAGUUCGACUUUUUGGUAAUGGUGUAGUACUGCGAACAUAUGCUCUUCUUGAUGAAGGAUCAUCUGUGACCAUAAUGAGCGCUGCGCUGGCUGAUAGUUUGCGUUUGAAGGGGCGAAAGACAGAUCUAAAACUUCAAUGGUUUGGUCAAGAAUCGUUCACAAACGAAUCCUUUGUUGUUGACUUGCAUAUUAGCGCAGAUGUUGAUGGUGCUGAGAGGUAUAAGAUGGAAGCAGCACACACAGUUAAUGAACUGAGUUUGCCGACUCAGACACUUACCAAAGCAGACUUAUUGGACCAUGACCAUGCAAUUGAUAUAUUAUCUAGCUUCCCAGCCGUGGAAUAUAAUGAUGCGAGUCCACAAAUUUUAAUUGGGCUAGACAACUGUCACCUGGGAGCCCCGAUACGAACAAUUGGGUCUAAUAAAUUCGGGCCGAUUGUUACCGAGACUAAACUUGGAUACGUGGUGUAUGGUAGGACAAAAACAAUCGCGAAACUUUCUACAAGAGUUCUUGUUUUGCAUGGCAACCAAAACUGUCAAGAUGAAGAAUCUAAAUUGACACGUAUGGUUGAUGAGUACUUCUGUAUCGAGAAUUUCGGAGUCAAAAAACCGAAAGAAAGGUUGAUAUCUGAAGAUGACAAGAGGGCACUUGAGAUUCUACUGGACACCACCAAGAAGAAAAACGAUCGAUAUCAGACAGGACUUUUGUGGAAGCAGAACCAAAUCAUCCUCCCUCCGAGCUACGACAUGGCUCGUCGAAGAUUAUUCAGCCUGGAAAAUAAAUUUCGAAGAGAACCAGAAUUUGCCGAUAAGUACCGAUGUAUUAUUGCAAGUUAUGUCCAAAAAGGAUACGCCAAAGAACUUUCGCACGAUGAAGCCAAAACAAUCACUCCAAGGACCUGGUACCUUCCGCAUUUCGGAGUGAAGAAUCCGAACAAACCAGAAAAGCUUCGCUUGGUAUUCGAUGCGGCUGCGAAAGUAGAUGACGUUAGCCUAAACUCUUUCUUAUUGAAAGGCCCAGAUGAUUUGAAGCCAUUAAUGGCAAUUCUCUAUAAUUUUCGAAUGAGGCGUAUUGCAGUGACUGGUGACAUUAGAGAAAUGUUUCAUCAGGUGAUGAUCCAGCCUGAAGAUCAAAAUUCUCAGCGAUUUCUUUGGCGGGAGUUCGAAGACCAGCCGAUUGGUGUUUAUAGUAUGCAGUCAAUGACAUUUGGUGCCACCUGCUCGCCGUGUUCGGCAAAUUAUGUCAAAAACUUAAAUGCGAAAAGAUUCAUCAAAGAAUAUCCAAGGGCUGUGAUGUCAAUCACAGAUCAUCAUUACGUAGACGACUACGUAGAAAGUUUCAAUGAUGUUGCAGAAGCGAUCGAGGUCACUAACGCUGUAGUAGCCAUUCAUAGAAGCGGUGGAUUCGAGCUGCGAAAUUUCACAUCGAAUUCUGAAGAGGUUCUGAAAAAUAUACAUCAUUCAGACAAUAAAGAACAACAGAGACAAAUUGUUACCAUGAAUAUUGAAGCCGCAGUAGAGAAGGUUUUGGGAAUGUGCUGGGACCCAGGUGAGGACGUGUUCUUGUUUAAGUUAAAUUUCUCUCGUGUCAGCAAAGACAUUAUUGAAGGAAGAAAAUGCCCAACUAAGAGAGAACUUUUAAGCGUUACGAUGUCAGUAUUUGAUCCGUUCGGCAUGAUAGCUAAUUUCGUCAUUCACGCCAAACUGUUGUUGCAGUCAGUAUGGAGAUAUGGUACUGAAUGGGAUCAGCCGAUUCCCGAUGAAAUUUUCCAGAAAUGGAACCUAUGGAGAGCGGAACUCCAUAACGUAAUGAAGCUUAGGGUUCCGAGAUGUUACCAUGUUUCAUUAUCAGCAGCCAGCAGGAUUGUUCUUCACACUUUCGUCGAUGCCAGUGAAGAGGCGUUCAGUGCAGCAGUAUAUAUGCGGGUUGAGUACAACGAGGAAGUAUGUGUCACGUUUAUUUGUGGUAAGACAAGGUGCGCUCCAAAAAAGUUGAUGUCUAUCCCACGCCUAGAAUUAUCAGCUGCAGUUUUGGGAGUCAGAUUGUGUGACUCUCUUUUGGAAUGCCAUCACCUGAAACCAGACGAACGAGUUUUUUGGAGUGAUUCAAAAACAGUGCUAAGCUGGCUUCGUUCUGAUCCGCGUCAUCAUAAACAAUUUGUUGGGUUUCGAGUUGCCGAAAUAUUGGACAGUAGCAAAGUUGGACAAUGGUGUUGGACCCCGACUAAGAUGAAUUCAGCUGACGAAGCAACACGAGCACGAUAUCCACCAGUAUUCCGAGCCGAUAACAAAUGGAUAGGUGGUACUACUUUCCUCAAGUUGCCCGAAGAUCAAUGGCCGUCACAACCAGAUGAUAUCUCUAGCUAUGUCUGCCGAGAAGAAAUGAGACCGAAAUACGUUCUGCACGCCAAAGUGAGUACGCCAAUCUUUGAUUUCUCUAGAUUCUCGAAAUAUUUGAUAUUAAAAAGAACGGCAGCCUGGUUAAUUCGGUUUGUCAAAUCCUGUCGUCGUCAAACAACAGAAAAGGGAGAAUUGUCUGCCUUAGAACUCGAAGAGGCCGAAAGAGUACUUUGUGAGAUUGUGCAAAAAGAUGUUUUCGCCCAAGAAAUAUGCCAAUUGAGUUGCAAUCAGCAAGUUGAUAAAUCGAGUUCUAUUUAUAAGCUAACUCCAUAUCUGGAUGAUGAUGGCUUGUUACGAGUGUACGGACGCGUUGACGCUGCCACCACGCUUCCGUUCUCUUCGAGACGUCCCAUUAUAUUGCCAAAGGACCACCAAUUGACAAAUCUCAUAAUAGCUCAUUUUCAUCGCCGUUGGCGUCAUCAAAACGACGAUACGGUCACUAACGAAAUACGACAAAUAUUUUGGAUUCCCAGUCUACGAUCGUUAAUCAAAAAAGAAAGAGGUCGGUGCCCACUUUGCAGGAUAAGAUCUGCUUGCCCUUUGCCGCCGUUGAUGGGGCAGCUGCCCGAGGACCGACUCACUCCCUUCUUGAGGCCAUUUAGUUUUACAGGACUGGACUAUUUUGGCCCAGUGAAUGUGACAAUGGGACGUCGUAAGGAAAAACGUUGGGUUGCCCUGUUUACCUGCCUGACCGUGAGAGCCAUUCACCUUGAACUAGCAACUGACUUGUCAACAGACGCCUGCAUUCUGUGCAUCCGUAAUUUUGUCAAUCGGCGUGGAAUACCAAAGCGAAUUAGAAGUGACAACGGCACCAAUUUUAUCGGUGCCAAGAAAGAACUUUUAACAGCUGAUGUUUUCGAUAGUAAUGCCAUCAAAGCAGAACUUUCCGCUAAAGGGAUUGAAUGGAUCUUCAACUGCACUUCCAACCCACAUGCCGGCGGAUGUUGGGAGAGACUUGUCCGUUCAGUGAAGAGAGUUCUGUCAUUCACACUUAAUGAACUUGCGCCUAAACCCGAGACAUUAGUAAGUGCUCUUAUUGAAGCAGAAAACAUAGUCAACAGCCGCCCGCUUACACAACUUCCUGUGGCAACCGAAGAUGCAGAGCCAUUAACGCCGAAUCAUUUCUUGAUUGGUGGAACGAACUCGACGCAGUCGCCUGGACACAUCAAUGAAAGAGCUCUCUGCCUCCGAAAGCAAUGGCGAAUAAGUCAGCAGAUUAAGGAUCGCUUUUGGCAUCGAUGGAUCAAGGAAUAUCUUCCAGAACUAACCAAAAGAAGCAAGUGGUUCGUCAAAGUCCCAAAUAUUCAAGUAGAAGACCUGGUCCUCGUCUGCGAUGAGAACCUUCCGAGAUGUCAAUGGGUGCGAGGUAGAAUCUCAAAAGUUUUUGUUGGACCAGAUGAUCAGGUCCGUUCAGCUGAGAUUCAAACGUCAACGGGAGUUCUUCGGAGGCCGGCGGUUAAGCUGGCUGUACUAAAGGUUGAUUGUGAGGCUGCGGUGGGACCGGGUGCCUCACGGGGGGUGGAGUGUUAA